UUACUGCUUGAGGGCGCUCUGCAACAUUACCCAGGACAAACUGAUGAGGGUGCUCUUCUUCCCGCACCGUCUUGAAAAAAAAAGAACCACCCAAACGGGAUGUGACACGAUGGCAAUUUCUUCGUCAAAUUGGAAAGGCUUUUGCGGAGAUUACAAGUUUUGGGAACCGGCUCUAUUGAACUCCAGCCAUCCGGACUUGUCGCCCUGUUUCCAAGAAACAGUGCUGUCAUGGCUCCCACUACUCUUCAUCUGGCUGGUCAUGCCUUUCUAUCUCUACUACAUCAAGACAAACGAUCAAGGCUAUAUCAAAGUCUCUUGCCUACACAGGAUCAAAACGGUUCUGAGUGCCCUUAUGAUAUUGCUUCCAGUGGUUGAUGUAGGAUUAGCCAUCUCUGAAAUCAUCUCACCAACUCAACAAGUAGCGGCAGUUUACCUUCUCACACCAGCACUGACAGCUCUUACCAUGAUCGUGGUGUUUCUAAUCAUCCAGAUUGAGAGAGUGAAAGGAGUCCAGUCAUCAUGGAUGCUGUUUGUAUUUUGGUGUAUUCUGGCUCUCUGUGGUAUUGUGGAGUUCAUAUCCAAAAUAUACACAGCACUGGAGCAGACACAGUUUGACCUGAUCCGGUUUGUGACAUUUUACAUUUUCUAUGCUCUGGGGCUAGUUCAACUUGUUUGUUCAGCAAUCAAGGACGACCAUCCGGAAUAUUCAAUUGUGUCAGACACGAAUGCGUGCCCUGAAGCCACUGCCUCUUUCAUCUCUAAGAUUACAUUUCACUGGUUCUCAAGUAUGGUCUUUCAGGGAUACAAGAAGACUCUGACUGAGAAGGAUUUAUGGUCCCUCCUGGAGAGAGAUAAAGCUGCUGCAGUGAUGCCAAGAUUUCUUCAAUCAUGGAGGAAGGAAAAUGCCAAAAGCUCAAGUCAUUCCACCAAAAAGGUGAAGAGUGGUGGCCAUGUACCUAUGAAGAGAAUGGAAGAAUCCAGUAAUGCCACAAGCGAUCACGGCAGCGCAUUCUCCCCAGGAGCGCAAUCUCCCGACAGUCAUGCAAACAGCGGCGGGGCUGAUGGGGCAGAAGAUUGGGUGGAUGUGAGCGACGGGGCAUCUCUCUUCAAGGCGAUUGCUCGGACGUUUGGACCCUUCUUUCUCGUCGGCACUUUCUUGAAAGUUCUCCAUGAUAUGUUGAUGUUUGUAAGCCCACAGCUGCUAAGAGGGUUGAUCAACUUCACAGUGGACAAGGGAGCGUACCAGUGGGAAGGCUUCAUGUAUGCGUUUUUAUUGCUUGGUGUGACACUGAUCCAAUCUUCAUUACUUCAGCAAUAUUUCCAAAUCUGCAUGGUGACUGGUAUGCAGCUACGGACGGCCAUUAUUGGUGCUGUCUACAGAAAGUCUCUGAUCCUGUCCAACUCGUCCCGCAAAGAAGCCACAACUGGAGAGAUAGUCAAUCUGAUGUCAGUGGACGCUCAGCGUCUAAUGGACCUCUGCACCUUCGUCAAUACUCUCUGGUCCUCGCCGUUCCAGAUCUUGGUGGCACUGUACUUCUUGUGGCGUUUGUUGGGGCCGGCCGUCCUGGCUGGGUACGGUGCAAUGGCACUUAUGAUUCCCCUCAAUAUGUACAUAGCCAUCAAGAUCAGAUCUCUGCAGGCCCAGCAGAUGAAGGCAAAAGAUGCCCGCUUAAAACUCAUGAAUGAGGUCCUGAACGGCAUCAAGGUGCUGAAGCUGUACGCCUGGGAGACUUCCUUCCAGCAGAAGGUCAUGGACAUACGCAACAGGGAAGUCAAGAUUCUACGGACCUCAUCGUACCUCCAGGCUGUUAUGACGUUCAUUUGGACAAGCGCCCCCUUUGUUGUGUCACUAAUAAGCUUCACUGUGUACGUUCUUGCAAAUGAGAAGAACAUCUUAGAUGCAGAGAAGGUCUUCGUUUCCAUCUCACUCUUCAACAUUCUCAAGUUUCCCUUCUCCAUGUUGCCGAGUAUGAUCUCCCGCACUAUGCAGGCCCAAGUCUCUGUGAAUCGCUUGGAACAAUUCUUGAAGAAGAGUGAACUAGACAAGGAUAACGUAGAGAGGUCUUCUGACAUAGAUUGUGCCAUCAACAUUAAAGAUGCAGAUUUUGCUUGGUCCAGAGAUGAAAAUCUGAUUCUGAAGCACAUUGCUGUUAACGUUCAGCCUGGUUCCUUGGUGGCUGUGGUGGGACAAGUUGGAUGCGGGAAAUCCUCUCUACUCUCUGCCAUUCUGGGAGACAUGGAGAAGAUCAAAGGAUCAGUCACCAUCAAUGGUUCAGUGGCUUACGUCCCUCAGCAAGCCUGGAUCCAGAAUGCUACACUCAGGAGUAAUGUCAUGUUUGGAGCACCAUUGCAAGAUGAAGAGUACCAGCGAGUGAUCGAGGCCUGCGCGCUGGCAGCUGAUCUAGACAUGCUCCCAGCUGGAGAUCUCACCGAGAUUGGAGAAAAGGGUAUUAACCUGAGUGGUGGUCAGAAGCAGCGAGUGAGUUUGGCUCGAGCCGUUUACAACAACGCCGACAUCUACCUCCUAGAUGACCCUCUCAGCGCAGUGGACUCUCACGUUGGUAAACACAUCUUUGAUCACGUGAUUGGACCAAGGGGACUCCUGAAGGAUAAGACCCGUGUCCUUGUGACUCAUGGGAUAGGCUACCUGCCACAAGUGGAUCACAUAAUCGUCAUCGUCAAUGGAGAAAUCACAGAGGCUGGCUCCUACACUGAACUCCUAUCUCAUGAUAAGGCCUUUGCUGAGUUUCUACGUAUCUAUAGCACACAGGCUGAAGAAUGCGAUGCCCAUUCACCAGGAAGUGGAGAUGCAGCACCAUUCAACAGCCUAGGAGAUCUUGAGUCGUCCACUGCAGUAAAGUCUCAUGAGGAAGAGGAGGCCCUGAUGAGGAAGAUCGCUAAGGAUCGGCUGAGGAAACAACGAGAGCAAAAUGCAGCAAAGACCACUAUGUCUAAGGAAGGAGACACCCUCAUCCAGAAAGAAACCUCACAAACAGGCAUGACAAAUCUCAAGAUCUUCGCUAUGUACAUCCGUUCUCUGGGCGUGGUCAUGUUCUUCAUCAUCUUCCUGCUCUAUGCCCUAUUCAACAUCGAUGCAGUCUUUGUCAAUGUCUGGCUCAGUCGUUGGAGCAACGAGGAGCUAGUCAACGGCACAACUCCUGGAGACGUACGCAACCGAUACCUAGCAGUCUACGGCGUGCUGGUUGUCAUACAAGGUUUGUUGCUUCUGCUAGCCUCCAUGUUACUAGCAGUGGGUGUGCUGCGAGCCUCUCGGAUCAUCUACCUCCGGCUGCUGACCAACGUGAUGCAUUCCCCCAUGAUGUUCUUCGAUACGACUCCAGUCGGCCGCAUUCUGAAUCGUUUCAGUAAGGACACUUACACAAUAGAUGAGACGAUCCCGUUCGCCUGCUCUACCUUCUUGAGGAUGAUUAUGCUGGUUGUUUCUACCUUCAUUGUCAUCACGUGGAGCACGCCUAUCUUUGGAAGUGUCAUUGUGCCGGUACUGAUCGGCUUUGCUCUGUUACAGCGAUUUUACAUCUCAACAUCCCGUCAGCUACAGCGGAUUGAAUCAGUCACACGCUCACCGAUUUAUUCACACUUCUCCGAGACCAUAACGGGAGCUACGUCAAUACGAGCCUACAGCGCGACGUCACGCUUUAUCCUUCAAAAUCAGAGCCUUGUCGAUAAUAAUCAAAUUGUGUACUAUCCCAAGAUCUUGUCUAACAGAUGGCUUGCAAUCCGACUGGAAUUUCUUGGGAGUAUGGUCGUCUUCUUUGCUGCGAUCUUUGCUGUGAUUGGUCGAGACAGUCUGAACUCUGGCAUUGUGGGACUGUCGGUCUCUUAUGCACUGGAGAUCUCAAGUUUGAUGACAAUGAUGGUGAGAUCAACCUGUAACUUAGAGACCAAUAUUGUUGCUGUUGAACGAGUAGAGGAGUAUUGUUCGUCUCCUACUGAGGCCCCUGCAAUUAUAGAGAAUAAAAGGCCUCCUACGAAGUGGCCUGAAUCAGGGAAAGUGGAGAUAAGUGACUACAGUGUACGUUACCGUGACGAUCUUAGUCUUGUACUCAAGGAUAUAUCCUGCUUCAUUACGCCCACAGAGAAGCUUGGGAUUGUGGGACGGACAGGAGCUGGGAAGACUUCUCUUUCUCUGGCCCUCUUCCGUGUCUUAGAGGCGGCAGGAGGCUCCAUCAAAAUUGAUGAUGUGGAUAUCUCAACCAUUGGACUCCAAGAUCUUAGAUCACGAAUCACCAUCAUUCCUCAGGACCCAGUGUUGUUUGCCGGUACCCUGCGUAUGAACCUUGACCCCUUAGACCAGUAUUCCGAUGAUGCAUUGUGGGAUGUUUUGCGACACUCUCAUCUGAACUCAUUUGUUUCCGAGUUGGCGGAGAAAUUGGAUUUUAAAUGCACAGAAGGAGGAGAAAAUCUCAGUCUUGGUCAGCGUCAGUUGAUCUGUCUUGCUCGUGCUCUGCUCCGUAAAACCAAGAUUCUAGUCCUGGAUGAAGCCACAGCUGCAGUGGAUCUAGAGACGGAUGACUUGAUCCAAGCAACGAUUCGUACUGAGUUUGAAGAUUGUACAGUCAUCACCAUUGCACAUAGACUCAACACCAUCAUGGACAGCUCCAGAAUCCUGGUCCUGGAUGCGGGUGAGGUGGCAGAGUUUGACACGCCCAGUGAGCUGAUUGAACGAGGAGGCAUCUUCUACACAAUGGCAAAGGAUGCAGGACUGGUCUGAAGCCAAUCAUAAAUAUGUAUCCUACAUGAAAGUAACUGUAGAAGACCUGUAUCAAAAUUCUUUAAUAUCAUCUUCACGUAAACUGGAAUCCUUGAAACUGAUUGUUGACCUACAGCAACAAGAAGUGUGGAAUUAACUUUUAUCUUCAAGCAUGCUUGAAUCUUUGAUUUUGAUUGGUCGAUCCAUACCAACACGGAGUGUGAUAUUAAUUUAUUGUAUAUUGCACUGCCCAUAUCACAGCCUGCGUAUUGUGUGUUGUAACUGUGCUUCGGCCUUGUUGGAUAUGGGACGCCUAGGCGCUAUAUUCUUACGUCUUCCACAUGCGCUUGUGUGAUAACUUAUAAUAAAAACUGCCCAAAUCACACCCGGAGUGUUGCCUUCUAGCUUGCCAUGUUACGCUAUGUGUCAAGUUUGUUUGAAGAUUAAUUUGCAUAUGUACUUAUGUUAACUGAAAUUGACAGACAUGUUCAACUAUUGUUUGGCUUUUUAAUAAUUCUUUUCUAUGUGCUAGAGUAUGUUUGAAAUGGUUUAGUGCAAACUUGAAAUGCACACAACUGAAACUUGUUUUUUUUUUACAAUGUAUUUGCUAAAGUUUCAACACAAAUGAAAGUUCCCUGAAAAAUAAAUUUGUUCCACAAGCCUAAGGCAUAUCUGCAUCCACGAUGCUUCAGAAAUGUGUGCAUGUGCAUUUAGGGUUAUUGCUCUACUCUAUACAGCUCUAUGCAUUUCUGCAUGAAACCCCAUGUGCCAAAAUAUGAGAUGAAGCUUAAUGAGGAUUAAGCAUAAAGACACUGGACACCUUUGGUAAUUGUCAAAGACCAGUCUUCCCACUUGGUGUAUCUCAACAUAUGCAUAAUA